CCAACCCGCGCAAGUUGGUAAUGGUAACGCCAGUGAGUUGAGUUAAGUCGGUCGUGUUGUCUGCCUUGGUUGUGCAUAACACACACCUCCCCGCCCAUCAUAGACGCUUUUUAUUUCCUGCUGGGUGGGUGCCGAGCACAAAAUGCAGGCUAUCAAGUGUGUCGUCGUCGGCGACGGUGCCGUUGGUAAAACAUGCCUUCUCAUCAGUUACACCACGAAUGCCUUCCCAGGAGAAUACAUCCCCACAGUAUUCGACAAUUAUUCUGCCAAUGUUAUGGUGGAUGGAAAACCUAUCAACCUUGGGUUAUGGGAUACGGCAGGUCAAGAAGAUUACGACAGGCUACGACCACUUUCCUACCCACAGACUGAUGUUUUCCUUAUUUGUUUCUCGUUGGUGAACCCAGCAUCAUUUGAAAACGUUAGAGCUAAGUGGUACCCAGAAGUAAGGCAUCACUGUCCGAGCACCCCUAUCAUCUUGGUGGGCACAAAGUUGGAUUUGAGAGAAGACAAAGAAACCAUCGAGAAGUUAAAAGACAAGAAACUGGCCCCCAUCACAUACCCACAGGCCCUGUCCAUGGCCAAGGAAAUUGGUGCAGUCAAAUACCUGGAGUGCAGCGCCCUCACGCAGAAGGGACUGAAGACAGUGUUCGACGAAGCGAUCCGCGCCGUCUUGUGCCCCGUCAUGCCAGUGAAGCCAAAGAGGAGAUGUGCCCUGCUGUAAGGGUGUCCACCGACAAGUGCCACGUUUCCUCCUCACAUAUCUAAUGUUAAUUCACUGCAAGAAUGGACAGCAUAAUGGUCUUGUUUGCCUUCACUCGCAUGCGACGGCAAGUAAGCAACACAACACUACUACUACUACUGCAAAAUGGAGUUUUUAAUUGAGGGAGAGAAAGAGAAAAAAUUGGCUAGAGAAAAAAUACACACGGUGCUGAAACACCCACUCUCUAUGUAUGUGAUGCUGAUGUUCAAGAGAAGGAACGGCGGACUCCUCCUCGGCAAGAGCAGCCAGCUUUUGUUUUUUGGUGGGACCAAUUCGCUUUGAGUUUUGCGGUCAGGAUGCUUGCCCAGUUUUUGUCCCUGCCAUCAAAUGGUCUCUAGAGGUCGAAUACAACCUCUUGCUCAGGAGAAGCCGCCGUUGAUGCUUUUUCAAAUUUAGUAAAUCUUUAGGACUUUUGAGAAGCAGUACCAUUUUUGUAUGAAGCUUCGUCAAAGAUGAUUACAUCCCUGUGUUGGCGAAAAUCGUACCAGAUAUUUUGGAUGAUGUAAACACGCGGUUUGCAAUUGGCUCUGGAAAAGUCUCUCAAUAAUUUUUAUAUGAAAACAAAUCUUUGAAAAUGUUUAAAUCAAAAUUAGCCAUUUUAGCUGCUACAGCUCCCAUUUCUGAGAUGAGAAUCGAUUUUGUUGCUUAACAAAAUUCUCAUUUGCUAAAGGUGACGAUGAGCAAAAUCCACUCCUGAUUGUUUCUUCCCAGCUUUGCAUGCUUGUCUAAUUAUGAUAACAACACAAAUUUGAUGAGGGUGGAAGUUAUUUAAGUUUUAAAUUUUAUAAAGUUAUCAGCACAAGUUUUCCACGCAAUAAUUAAUUAAAAUCAGAAUUUUGUUGCAGGAGACAUUAUCAUGCUUCAUUAUGUCUUGGAAAAGGAUUAUCAAGUUAAUUAAUCAGACUAUGGAGAGAAGUUGAUAAUCGUCUAAUAUUGUAAAAUGCAUUUAUUUCACAAUAACUAUGUUCUUUUGUCUUUAAUUUCCUAAAAAUACUAUAAUUAUACCACCCGUUCACACACACACACACACACACACGUUAGAACUCACGACCUCUUCUUGUGAAUGAGUGAUAGCAAGAUAUAAUGGAGAGUAUAUUUUUGCUAGGUGCAAAGAAAGUUAGUUUAAGAAAGUGUUUAUCCUUUGAAGGAUUACUUAAAACGGUUAGCUUUGAUUUAUGACGGAUGAGUUUUUCCUCGGAAAGAAGCAUUCAUUGCAGAAGGCCUAUUUACAUGCAGUAUUGUUUUACACAGAGAAAAUAUAAAAAAUAUUUCGGAAGUGAAAAUGCUUGAAUGAUGAAUGUUUGUUAACGCGUAAGUUUCAUUUUCGGGGAAAGUGACUUGUAGUUUCUACAUAUAAACAUUUUAUUCCUAAUCAACCUUCCUUCUGUGCAAGUGCAAAAUAAUGCUUUGGUUACUCUCUCAAGUGUCACCGAGUAAAUCACCUCUCCUGGAAAGGCCCGUUGUUCACAGUUUAGGGCCGUUAAGGUUGAUUGGUUAUUCGUCCACACUACUACACAUACGCAUCUUCCUACCAAUUCACGCACUCUCUCCCUGCAGUUUUAGUGGCAGAAACUUGUGUACCGAUUUCGCGUUGCAAGCCAACUCAUCCUUCGAACAAACAAAUGCCGCUCUUAUUGUCUGGGAUGAAAUGGGAAAAAGAAUAACUACUAAUGAUUAUCUCUUGUUGUUGCAUUUGUUGAGAAAUUUACAACAUCGUCCUACACUAGCUGAUCGACAUAAUUGAUUUCCUUUAACAGAUGUAAAAUGUCCACAUUGCUGUUGUUAAUUUGGAGCUCAUAAUAAAAAAAUAAUAAUUAACAUUGAGGAACUCGCUAACUGACGAAAUCGAUUGAUGAUGCCUCGGGAAAAAUACCCAUGUUUGGAUUUAAAUGGAUAGGUGGAAUAUUGAACAGCAACAUACUGUGUGUAACCUGUACCACAAAUUGAAAUUUUCCAGAAAAAUCUUAACUGUGUAUGCUAGUAUUUCCAAAUAAAAAUAAUAAAAAUAAUGCAUUGAAAUCUUGUAA